AUGAAUACCACACAACUAUCCCUCGACGUCAAAGGUCUCUGCGAACAAUUCGAAGAACUUAAACUUCGUCUCUCCAGUAUCGAUGUAGCAAGGAUCACAACCCGUACCGAGCAGCCCAGUCACGACGAUACAGCAAGGACCACCGCCCGCAUGGAGCAGCCGAGAUCUGAGCUGGACAGAAUUCGAAGGGUGAAGCGACGCCGCCUCCAGUCAAAGGAGUCGAGACUGGAACAGGAAAUGGAAGAUGAGAGACGACUCGAAAGGGAAAAGCACAGAAGCUCCGCUCGCUCAAGCUUACGUGGCAACAUGCAGGAAAAACGAAAGGAUGAAAGCAUCAACAUAGAAAAGGAAGAUGACCACGAUAGCAGAAGACGAGAUGGACGUGAAUCCAGACAUCGACGAAACUCGACUUCUUCACGCGAUCACGAUUGCAAUUAA